AUGAAAUUGUCAAUUUUUUUUCUUUUUAGUAUUUUAGUGGUAAAUUCAUUAUUUUGUGACGCCAAACUCAAUAAUAAACUAACGACAGCGACAACGACAGCGACAACGACAGCGACAACGACAGCGACAACGACAGCGACAACAUCUUCACCACCAAGAGCAUGUGCUUAUAUGGGCCAACGACCAACGGCAGGUUUCAGUGAAAUAAAUUUAGACAAUCUAGAUUCACUCGAUACAACUAGUCAAAUUUCAAACAAAGAUGGAUGUAAAGUGAGCGACUAUGCUAAGCAUCAUGUAAUACCAUUUGCAACAAUUAAAGAAUUUGUUAAUUUAGUGUUACGUGAUCCCCUUGUUCAAAUAGAAGGGUGUAGAGUUAUAAAAAAUGUUGGGAAUAAAUUAAAGAGUAUAGAUAUUAGAAACCAGCUUACACAGAAAGAUAAUUCUUUUUUAAGAUUAACGCAGGGUGAAGAUAUUAUAAACCAGCCUACAGAGAAAGAAACUUUUUUUGUAAGAUUAAUGCUGAGUAAAAAUGAAAAAGGACUUAAGGAUAUAAUAAAUAAUUCUCAAAAUCCAAAAGUAUUAACGGAACACAUUCAACAAUUUGUUACAUGGUUUCCGGGUAAUAUAUUUAUAGGACCCAGACCUGACAAAAGAGGAGAUGAUCCAGGAAAUGACUUUGAAGAACUCGCCAAAUACAUUAUUGGUGAAGAUCGUCAUAAUACAUUAAGACUAAUUCACAUUAAAAUGGUUAAAUGUAUAGAUAAAUUUAAAUUGUCAUCGACAAAAAAUGUUGAUUAUACACUGGCUAAUGAAGUUUUAGAAUUAUUCAGUAAACAAUCACAAUAUCCAGUUACACAAUUUUAUCUUAACGAUUGGCAAGAAAAAUGGUUUAUAAAAAUAAAUUUAAAACGUAAUCCCAAAAAUAAACCUGUACCUGACCCCUCAAUAAAACCAAGAUGUGUAGUGAGCCACUAUUAUAGACAUAAUAUAAUACCAUGGGCAACAAUUAUUGAUUUUUUUUAUUUAGUGAUACGUGAUUCCCUUACUCCAAUAGGAACGCGUAGUAGAGUUAUUGAAGAAGUUAAGAAUAAAUUAGCGAGUGAAAAUACAGUAAAAGCUAUAAACCAACCUACAGAGAAAGAUAAUUUUAUUGUAAAAUUAAUACAGAGUAAAAAUGAAAAAGGACUUCAGGAAGUUAUAAAAAAAUCUCCUAGUCCAGAAGUAGUAAUGAAUCACAUUCAGCAAUUUGUUACAUGGUUACCGGGUAAUAUAUUUAUAGGACCCGAACCUAACAUAAGAGGAGAUCAUCCAGGAAAUGACUUUGAAAAAUUAGCCGGGUACAUUAUUAGUGAAGCUCAUCAUAAUUUAUUAAAAGACAUGAACACUGAAAUGGUUAAUUAUAUAAAUACAUUUACAUCGAAAAAUAAGCGUUAUUCAAUCGUUAAUAAAGUCCUAGAACUAUUCAGUAAACUAUUGUCAUAUCAAGUUACACAAUAUGAUCCUGACAAUUGGCUUUCUAAAUGGUUUAUAAAAAAAGAGUAUUAA